CUUCCUCCGUCCGUUCAUUGUUCCGUGCGCCCCCCUUCCCUUAGUCCCUCUAGGGCGCUUCUCCUCCUUACGUCACUGCUGCGUCACCGACGACGUCACACUCACGCGUGCACCAUGAACAACACGACGCUACCUGGCGGCAUCCGCCUAUGCCCGGAGAACGACACGAACGCCACCAACUGCACGAGGGCGGAGGAUUUCAUGGAGUACGAGGACACGAUCGAGUUCGAAAAAAUCGUCGGCAUCGUCGUUCCGAUCGUCUUCAGCCUCAUCAUGGUGAUCGGCCUCGUCGGCAACGCCCUCGUCAUCAUCGUCGUCUCCUGUAACCCGCUCAUGCGCAACACGACCAACGUGCUCAUCAUCUCGCUCGCCAUCUCCGACCUCAGCUUCAUCAUCAUCUGCGUGCCGUUCACGGCCACCGACUACGCGCUGCCGAUCUGGCCGUUCGGCAACGUCUGGUGCAAGAUCGUGCAGUACAUGAUCAACGUGUGCGCCUACGCGAGCGUCUACACGCUCGUGCUCAUGUCGCUCGACCGCUACCUCGCCGUCGUGCAUCCGAUAGCAUCGAUGGGCGUACGAACGACGCGCAACUCGUGGGUGGCGAUCGGCAUUCUCUGGGCGAUCAUUCUCCUCUGCAACAUCCCCGCCUUGUUCAUCUACGAAGCCAUCGACUACCUGUUCAUCAACGAGGACCGUAGCGCGUGCAUGAUGACGUUCGGUGCGCCGAGUCCGCACAUGAUCAACAUGAACCACGUCCGCAUCUUCCACAUUUGCUUCUUCGUUCUGUCCUACUUCAUCCCGCUGACGGCAACCUGCGGACUGUACGUGUUCAUGUUGAAGAGGCUCUGGUACGGCUCGACGCCCGGCGGCAAUAUCUCAUCGGAGAGCCUCCGCUCGAAGAAGCGCGUCACGCGCAUGGUCGUCGUCGUCGUCGUCAUCUUCGCGCUCUGCUGGCUGCCGAUACAGAUCAUCUUCGUCGUCACGAAGACGUCGGGCACGAUGUCGCAAUCCUCGAAGGCGCUGCUCGCCUUCCAGAUCGUCGGUCAGUGUCUCGCCUACACCAACAGCUGCGUCAAUCCGAUCCUCUACGCGUUCUUGUCCGACAAUUUCCGAAAAGGCUUCAAGAAAGUUCUCUGCUGCGGAUCGAGCGUCGCGCGGCAGCGCCGCUCCUACACGGCCGACUUUGAGCGGACGGACUGCGUUUCCGGUAGGAGCGCAACGACGACGACGCGAAACGGAACCAAAGUUAACGAGAAACUCAUCGGCGAGCAUGCCGUGUGA